AUGGCCUCCCUCCAGGUUGAUGCUGCUCCAGUGGAAGAGGUGAAAAUCCAAGCGGAGCCAACAACAAAUGUACCUUCAAACGUUAAAGAAACAGAAGUGCAUGAACAAGAUGAAUCCACUGAAACGCUGGUACCUUAUGUUGAAGAUGAAGAAACACUAAAAAUUAAUUCCGAUGAAGAAGAAGAAGAGCGAGAAAUGGAAUCAUUGGUCAAGAAAGACGAUGAUUAUUCACCUGUUUCGUCUGUCGAGCAACCAGCUUGGGCUGCGGAAUUCGAUGAAGAAGAAGAAGAUGAAGAAGAAGAAGAAGACGGGAGUAUUCACAAGUUUUGA